AAAGUGUUGAUUUUGCGGUGCAAAGUAUACCAUUUUUGAAGUCCGAUUAACGUGAUUAUUUAAAGUGUAUAAUUUUAAGUUCAAACCGAUUUUAUAAACUGACGGGAAAACUAUGGAGUGCAAAGAAGAAAUUGAAGUGUUGUACGAGGAACUGGACGUUGAAAGUGUUGAGAUCAUCAAUCUGCUGAGUUCUUUUGGUUUAUCCGACCGAUUCGUGACGGAAUUCGUGGAAAACGGGUAUACGGUGGAAUUACUAAAAAAUAUUGAGCGAAGGGAGAUUGAAGACAUAAUCGGUCCUCCCCAUCUGGCUGAUCGAACGAAAUUAAUUGUCGCUCUCAACGAGUGGAGACAAGAACAGGGUCUGCCACCAGUCUCCACGCCAUCCGAUCCUUCAAAAAGUCCCAUCAAACUCAAUCGAUCAACAAACUUGCAGCGCCAAGAUUAUACGGCCAGAUUUCUGAUUACUUCGUCACCGAGGGGAAGAGCCAUUAUUGAAAUAUAUGGGAGCACAAACAUCCUGACGAAAGCGCAGAAGAAAGCGAUCACUCACAUUGUCGUAGACGAAUUCAAGGACGUAUUUGGAAAGCUUACGAGCAGUGAAUUGAAAAAUAGAGCAGCGGAACUCAAACAACUGUUUCCCACUGAAUCGGAGUAUACAUGGUAUCAACCUGCAGUGGAAUUCCAAGGCGCUAAGAAAAUCCGAUUGGGCAAAUUGGCAAAAGGAUGUCUGUAUGAUAGGAAUUUAAACUACAAAGCUGAGCAUCACAAACACCAACAACUCCAAAUUUCUAAUUCGGAACAAUCACAGGAACGAGACCUUCUGUCUGAAGCGGCAAUCGCAGAAUACGAGCAGAUCAAAAAUUGGAUACGUCACAACGAAGACGAAUGGGAAAGCGUUAAGGUGAUUAUAGAAUGA